UCGCCAGGAAUUGACGUCAUCAUUUUCUACCGUCUGCUCCGUAAAGCCCAACGCAUCGUCGUUACUGUUAACGAAUAUUACAUUUGUUUUAACCUGUUAACCUGCUACGGGUCUCCACCGUCCUCAUCUCAUCUGCAAACCCGCUGUUUGCCUUUCUGUCUCCAGGAGCACCGGCCGACAUGUUCUACACUUGUGGGCCCAAUGAAGCAAUGGUGGUGUCUGGCUUCUGUCGCUCCCCUCCGCUGAUGAUCGCCGGAGGCCGAGUCUUCGUCGUCCCCUGUAUUCAGAAGCUCCAGAGGAUCUCCCUGAACACCCUGACCCUGAACGUCAAGAGCGACAAAGUGUACACCCGCCACGGCGUGCCCAUCUCUGUCACGGGCAUCGCGCAGAUGAAGAUUCAGGGUCAGAACAAGCAGAUGCUGGCCGCCGCCUGCCAGAUGUUCAUGGGCAAAUCAGAGGCGGAGAUCGCGCACAUCGCCUUGGAGACGUUGGAGGGACACCAAAGGGCCAUCAUUGCUCACCUGACCGUGGAGGAGAUCUACAAGGACCGUAAGAAGUUCUCGGAGCACGUUUUUAAAGUGGCGUCGUCCGACCUGCUCAACAUGGGCAUCAGCGUGGUCAGCUACACGCUCAAAGACGUGCACGACGACCAGGAUUAUCUGCACUCCUUGGGGAAGGCUCGCACGGCGCAGGUGCAAAAAGACGCUCGGAUCGGUGAGGCACUCAACAAGAAGGACUCCGUCAUCAGGGAGGCGCACGCCAUGCAGGAGAAGGUGUCGGCGCAGUACAAGAACGAGAUCGAUAUGGCUAAGGCGCAGCGCGACUACGAGCUGAAGAAGGCGGCGUACGACAUGGAGGUGAACACCAAAAAGGCAGAGUCGGAGAUGGCCUACCAGCUGCAGGUGGCCAAGACCAAGCAGCGCAUCGAGGAGGAACGCAUGCAGGUGCAGGUGGUGGAGCGCAGCCAGCAGAUCACGCUGCAGGAGCAGGAAAUCACACGCAAGGAGAAGGAGCUGGAGGCCAAGGUCAAGAAACCCGCCGAGGCUGAGAAGUACCGACUGGAGAAGCUGGCUGAGGCCCAGCGUCUCAAGAUGAUCAUGGAGGCGGAAGCCGAGGCUGAGUCCAUCAGGAUGAAGGGUGAGGCGGAAGCAUACGCCGUGGAGGCCAAAGGUCGCGCCGAGGCAGAGCAGAUGGCCAAGAAGGCAGAGGCCUUCCAGCAGUACGGCGCUGGUGCCAUGGUGGACAUGUUACUGGAGAAGCUGCCCCUGAUAGCGGAAGAGAUCAGCAAGCCCCUGUGCGAAGCCAAGAAAGUGACCAUGGUGUCCAGCGGAGGCGAUGUGGGGGCUGCCAAACUGUCCGGGGAGGUUCUGGACAUCAUGGCCCGCCUCCCUGACACGCUGGAAAAACUGACUGGUGUCAACAUCACCCAGGUGAGCUCCCGUAGUGGAUGAGGAGGAUCAGCCGACAAUGGGGCUGUCCAAUCAGCUCCAUUGAUCAUAAUCAGCUGUCAAUCAACUGCAUUGAUCAUAAGCAUGACACACACACGCGCGCGCACACACACACACGCAUGAGUCGUCCCGGUUUUACUGUGUUGUGCAGAUGCUGCAAUUUUGUUGCAAUAUUUGUGGCUGUUAUCAAUUUCUAUAUUUGUGUUGGCAGUGGUAGGCCGUCCAUGUAUGUGGCGGAAAUCGUUGCUCGAGAAUGCAAUAUACACCAGCAUGCUAAUGUGUCCUGUAAAUCACGAUCAAUCUUCAUCUAAUAACAUGACGAAAAGCAUUGAAACGAUUAUAGUCGUAUAUAUAUAUAAGUCAAUCAAUAAUCACGUUUUGGUAUUGACAAUGAAUGAAUGAAUGAAUCUUUAUCUAACAAAACUCUCGAACCUCAAGUGCUACUAACCUUACUGACUGCCCUCUAAUCCAGUCAUGGAUGACUGCAUUGUAGCAGUUUAUAAAAACAGAAAGUAUUUUAUUUAUUUAUUUAUCAGUAAUUUUUGGUUUACUUUCUAGCAAAAUGUCACUCGCCUGUCUCGGCUGGGAGGGGUCAAGGUUGUUAGCUACUGUAGCAUUUCUCAGGUGUGCGCUCUAGUGAGCAAUAUUUAGUUUCAUGGAUUGGUUAUGGGUGACAUUUUUGCAUUUUAUAUUUAUUUGUGUGCUUGCUACAACUCAGUUAUUGUCAACCCUACAAAAUGGCUUGUGUUCCAAGAUUAGCAAACACACGUAUUGGGUUUUUAUUGAUUAUUAUAAGACCUUGUUAUUUGAAGAUGGCUAUUAUUGCCUACGCAUUUUGUGUACACGUAUCUAACUCUUACUAAUGUGUGCUUUUGAAAGAUUAAAAAUUGCCUUAUAUAUAGGCGUAACUCUG